GGGAGGUCAGAAGGGGAUAUGGAGGCCUCGGAGUGGAGCAGCCGGCUUAGCAGCUGACGAGAUCUCAAGUCCCUGAUGUUCAUCUCGCGCGUCGUCCUGUAUCCCAAGCCGGGCGGCCACGGUCGGCUGCUGUUCCCCAUCAGCGGGAUGAGUUGGGGUCCCAACAGCCCCGGCUACACCGACAGGGGCCUCUACGCACUCAAGCGCGAGCACCUGCUGACGCCCCGGUGGGGGAUGCGGCGAGAGGCCUACAACCCUCACUGGGACAUCGGGCCCUACCCGGAGCACGUCAGUGGCAACAAGGUGCCGCCUGAGGAGCGGGGCAAGGAGGUCCCCACCAGCCGGACCUGGGACACCGACGCCCCGGCUGCGUGGCGACGAAGCUGGUUCGACCUGCCCAACGUGACUCGCACGUCGCACAUCAAGAUGUACAGGCGCAACGAGGCGGCCUAUCUGAAGCCAGCCAUGGAGGCACAGGACCCACACGUACGGGUAAGUCAGUGCAUUCAUGAGCAAGAAAGACAGAGAAAGAGGGUGGGUGGGACUGACACGUGAACUUCGAUGCAUGUGUAUGUGUAUGUGUGUGUGUGUGGUCGUCUGUCUGCAGGAGUACAUCCUUAAUGUGCUGGAGCCGAGUGCCGGGCGGACGUACAGCGGCUUCGGCCGGGCCGAUGUGGGCGAUGCCACCCACCCACCGGAGACGUACCACCUCCCCAGACACAUCAUGGAGGUCAUGGAGGAGGUCGAGGGCGAGGCAAAGACCGGCGGGGCGGACAGGAGGGUCCUGCCAUACAUCAAGAAAGUCGCCCAGCCACGGACAAGGUCAGCGUGACAGCAAGGGAGGGAGGAAGGGAGGGAGGGAGUGUGCGUGUGAUGGUUCCCCUUUUGAGUGUAGGAUAGCUCGUCUGGCGAAGCUGGUGGUGGAGUCUGAGAUCUGGCGCACCAAGGCGUCGCGUCCCGUGGGCCACGACCGGCCGUUCCCCUAUGUGGACGAUCAGUUCUCGUUGGUGCGUGACCUGCCGCUGGCCGAGAUCCUCUACCACCGGAGCAACCACCGCGGGAAGCUGCGGCGGCACCCCAUCUGGCUGCACAGGCAGUGGAUCAAGAGGAACUGCCACAUUCCAUACCUAUAUAGGUGAGGAAGAGAUGGGAGGGAGGGAGGGAGGGAGGGAACACACCUGCAGGCAUCCCGGGCCCCGAUGUGCAUAUGUGUGCAUAUGUCGUUGCUUGCGUUGACAGGGCUCGUGUGUUGCGUGAGGAGGAGAAGCAGCGGUAUUUAGGCCUCAUCGAGGGGGGAGGGGAUGGGGCACACGCAGCUGACAAGACAGUGGUGGAGGCGCAGACCUGAAUGACACACAUCGUCCGUCCGACGGUGUAGAGGCUAGGCUCAUUUGUUUGUCUUGCCUUAGCUUGCACGACCGAUGAAGGAAUGGAUGUGUGUGCAUCUGUCUGUCUGUCUGUCUGUGUAAAGUAGUCAGAGACUUGCUUGCACACUAAGAAUGAAUGGACAAUUAACAUUCAUGCCA